AUGUACGAGAAUCCACUACCAAUCAGCGAGAGGGCUGAGAAACGCAACGUUCAGACGAAAUUCAACUAUUGGGACGACCCUGGAGAUGGCUCCAAGCCGACGCCAAUAGUCAUCGGAGGAGGCAGGAUAUCGAACAAGCGUCCUCAUCUUCCUCACGACUUCGUGGUCACGGACGUAACCGGCGAUGAGGACGGAUUUUCCUUGGACAGACAUGGAUUCCACUACUGUCGCCACAAGAGCCUCGAGACCGACUUCGUCGACGAGCAAGCCAUUCAAACUGCGUACUACGAUGAAUGCCGGGAGCUCUUGAAGGAAGUUACUGGAGCGAAUCGGGUACACAUCUUCAACCACAAGGUUCGCCGCGGACCAACACAGUGGCACCAUCUAGGGUUCAGUAACCUCGCCAAUCGCGGCCCAGUGACCCGAACGCACGUGGAUCAAUCGUACGAUGGAGCAGAACUGAGGUUACGAUGGGAAUUUCCAGAAGAAGCAGACGAGCUGGUGAAGAGGAGGUACCAAAUCAUCAAUGUUUGGAGGCCUAUCGCAACAGUUCUGAAAGACCCCAUUGCGACCGCGGAUUCGGGGUCAGUCUCAGAUGCUGAUCUUGUUGCCGCAGAUAUGACCGAGGACGGCUUCAAAGGAGAGCAGUGGGUCGUGCGACACAAUCGAGCUCAUCGGUGGUACUACAAGAAUCGGUUGACACCUAAUGAAGUUUUGUUGAUUAAGUGUUUCGAUUCAGAUAAAUCGGUGGCACGAAGAUCGCUCCAUUCCGCCUUCGAGGAUCCCGCCCAUCGCGACAAGGAGUCUAGGCAGAGCAUUGAGGUCAGGUGUCUGGUUCUCCACGACGCUUAG